AAUAAUGUGCGAAACUGAAAUCACGCAAACUAUAACUGCACAGGCACAGUCCAGCCGAAACUUGAACGUUGCUUGUUGACUUUUCGUAGUGUGUCUUAUUUAAAUUUUUUUCCAAAUUUUGGAUUUUCUCGGCAGUUUUUUUUUUAACUACCAAAUAUUUUACGAAAAUUGUUUAUAUUUACUAUAAUAACUAAUGUAUUUUUAUUAAUAUAUAUUUUUUUUUAUUAACUUGCACAAUAUUAAUCUUACUGCGUUUAUAAUUCGCACUCUACCCGUAAUAAUUUUUGAAAAUAAUUUAACAGACAUUUUUUGUGAAGUCCACCAUGGAGCAAAGCGUCGGUGAGCUGACGAACACACUCCGCAAAUGGGAAGAAGAUAUUCUCGGACCGGCCUAUAAUCCUAUACCGACAUUGAUCAAGUUAUCUGAAAUGAUUGAAGCAGAAACAAUUAAUUAUAUUAAAAAAGAUCCCGAUCCCUUUGACGAUCGCCAUCCAUCUCGAGUCGAUCCUGCCUGCGCUCUCGGACAAAUGUUUAAGAUUCUGUUUCGCAAGGAUAACUUCAUGACAAUGCUGGUAAAUGAUUAUUUAAAAGAAAAUUUUUGGCCCCGGCGGCCCAAAGACAAUAGAGAUUUAAAUGUUGCAGCUUGUAGGCUGAUGAAUAAUAUUUUACCUGGCUUAGAAACAACUGUUGUUUUUGAAAGUCCUACAAAUGACUUUCUCAUCAAACGACUUUUUUCGUGGGCAGAAAAAAGUUUUGAACCAUUGCAAACAUAUGCGACCGGAUUACUAGCUUCUGCCAUGGAAAUACAAGACAUAGCUGCUAGUUUCAGAGAACCAAAUAAUAAGCUUGUACCUUUAAUGUUAGAUCGUCUUCAAUCAUUGUACUCACAAUUUUGUGAAGAAAACGAAAUGAAUGAAAACACAAAUCCCUUCUCUCAUUUGAACAAUGAUUCUAUGAUACAUGAAAAUAGCACAACCAAACAAUCACCGAGAAAAAAAGCAAGAUAUAAAACUGCUAGUGCUCUGAAUGCAGAAACAUUGGAUGGUAUUAUUGGCGAUUCCAACCAGCAAUUAAAAACUAGUCCAGAGGAUAUUGCUGUUGUGACGAAGGAAAAUGGCAUCUGUGGAGAUAGUAGUUCGUCUUGGAUGGGUUCUGAACCUUAUGCGAGUAAUUGGGUACAAAUUUAUCCACCGACUUUAAUCACAAAACAAGUUUUCAUUCUCAAGUAUUUGACUCCCACUGGAGAAUACCAAGAGUUUUUAAGUCACGCGUUUGAGAAAAAUGCUCUCACACUGGUCAUGAAACUAAUAAAUACAGCCGACAGGCAGAACGGCUAUUUAACUUUUGAGGCCCUCAAAUACUUGGCAGCAUUACUAUGUCACAAAAAAUUUGCUACUGAGUUUGUCAGCUUACAAGGUUUACAGAAACUGCUUCAAAUUCCAAAACCUAGCAUACCAGCAACGGGCGUUUCAAUUUGUUUUUAUUAUUUGUCAUACUGUGAAGACGCUAUGGAGAGAAUAUGUCUCUUACCUGAACACAUACUUGUAGAUCUUGUGAAGUAUGCAUUAUGGAUGUUGGAGUGUUCUCACGAUUCAAGCAGAUGUCAUGCAACAAUGUUCUUUAGCUACAGCUUUCAAUUUAGAAUAAUUCUAGAAAUAUUUGAUAAUCAAGAUGGACUACGCAAACUAAUUAAUGUGGUUAGUAUGUUACCAAUUUUGUCAACUGAUGAACCGGCGUUUAGUUCAUUAACUGAAGAUGCCGAAUGUUCAGCCAGACAAAUUAUUCGCCAUGUUUGUGUUGCUUUAAAGCGUUACUUCGAAGCACAUUUACAUAUAAAAGCUCAACAAAUACGUAGAGCCAAAAUGAGAGAUUCUGGACUUUUAAAUUCAUCGACCAUCAUUCCAAAUCGUACAACUGUUCCUGGUUAUAAAUCUAACAAAAGAUCAUCAGCUGAAGUCCAAGAAGAAAUUGAACUGUUGUCGAACACAGUGUCUAUGAAAAGCCAUUGGACACCAAUUGAUCAUUUUAUGAAAUUAGGCGGCUUAAACAUAUUAUUACAAGUAAUUAAUUUGUCCCACGAUUGGAGCUUUACUGGCAGGCACGAAUGUGAAAUGGUCAAAGGUGCACUUGAAGUGAUAAACAUAUGUGCAGUAAUGCCCAAGGUACAACUGGCGUUGUGUGAACCAGCGCCUAAAAUUCCUGGAGAUGUUUCCCAAGCUGAUAUUAGUAUAGCAGAUGAUUCGCAAGCUGAAAAUGACGAAGUCGGUUUGAAUAUUAUUUUGAAAGCAGCCGAAGGAGACCCUUCUGACGCAGACGUACAAAAAGCAGCAUUGUCUGCAAUAAUUACAUGUGUCUGUGCCCCCAUCCACAGGGAAGGAAGUACUAUAGCCUAUUACUCAUCCCAUGGAUCAGCCAAAAAGAAAACUCAUAAAACCAAUGACGAUGUAGUAAUUGAAAAAGUAUGGGAUUGCAUUAGAAAUAAUAAUGGAAUAAUGGUUUUGUUGACAUUAAUGACGGUUAAAACUCCUAUUACCGAUGUUGACGCCAUCAGGGGCCUAGCUAGUCGUGCAUUGGCUGGAUUAGCUCGUAGCGAGUCGGUGCGCCAAAUUAUCAGCAAAUUACCAUUAUUUAACAGCGGCCAACUCCAAAUUCUUAUGAAAGCUCCCGUGCUUCAAGACAGACGACAAGAACACGUGACAUUUCAAAAAUAUGCCCUUGAACUAAUGGAAUUAGUUUCUGGGAAAACAAAAUCAAAUGGUGCCGAAAUAGAAGCUUCUUUGGCAAAUAUAAAUAGAGCGAAUAUUGUUGCUCAAACGAAAAUUCAUUUCAAUGAACAACAACUGCUCCACCUUAUGCAUCAACAUCUAGUAACAAAAGGAUUUUCGAAAACUGCUGACGCUUUAGUACAAGAAGCUAAUCUCAAUGUAGGAGAAAAAAAAAAUAACACUUUAUUAGAACCGUUCAAAUACAUUGCCCAAUGUCGAAGUCGAAUUGGUACAAUGUCCCCGAUAACUUCUAGACACUCGAUUCAAAAUCAAAAAUCAGACCUGGCUAAUCCUUCUAGCGGACCUUUGGGCGCUGGUUUUAGUGUACGAGGAGUGAAUUCGUCUUCUCCGAUACGUUUGAAUGUUAACAGACGUUUAGAAUCUCGACCCAAAGCUGAACCAGAACCGGAAUUUGAGUCGCCAAUGUCGAAAUCAAUUCACAAGAAAAUAGAUCAAGAGAUAAUUCCGUCUUCUGAUAACAGUUCGACAGUGAGUCUAGAAUCUAUUAUUACUGAGUAUCUAACCAAUCAACACGCUUCUUGUAAACAUCCGAUGGUUACGUGUCCACAAUUCAACCUAUUUGUACCGCACAAAUGCCCAGAUCCUUCGCCGAGAAAUUUAAUGUGUACAAACUUUGCAAUGCGAUUUUCCAAAAACAUACAUUCACGACGGUUAGAUCAAAGGCUAAUUCACAGUCGGUUUUGUCCAACUCGAAUGUUUCGUUUGGACAAUGAGGACGGAUACUUUACGUGUUGCGAAUUUUUGUCGCAAAAACGACUGGCGGUAGGUACUUACAACGGCGAGGUAAAGGUCUACAACUUGCUCACCGGUCAAGAAGAAUUAACGUUUACUGCACACGAUUCCUAUAUUGUUAACCUAGAAAGAAGCAACAACGAGAGACUUUUGUUAUCGUCAGCUACGUGGCGAGCUCCUCUAACGUCAUUAUGGUCAAUAAAUGAUCAAUCGAUCACACUCAAAUAUUCUUUAGAUGAUGAAGAAUACUGCACAUUUAGUAAUUAUUGUCAAAAUAAAAUACUAGGAACUAAGGCUGAAAUAGCAACGAUAUACGAUGUCGAAACUAGUAAAAAACUAAUGACGUUGACUCCAAAACAUUCUAACCAGUACAGCAGGAAUAGAGCUGCAUUUGAUGCCACAAACGAAUUAGUACUCUCCGACGGUGUACUUUGGGAUGCGAUAUCUGGAAAAGAAAUUCACAAAUUUGAUAAGUUAAAUCAAAAUGUCAGCGGUAUUUUUCAUCCAAAUGGAUUAGAAAUUAUUUCAAACACAGAAGUAUGGGAUAUGCGUACAUUCCAAUUACUGCGUACCGUCUCGAGUCUUGAUCAGUGUAACGUGACUUUCUCCAGAACGGGAGAAGGCAUGUACGUUUAUGUUAUCGAUCAAGAGAUGGAUGACGAUAUGUCUUAUCAAACAUCGUUCAAAACUCUAGAUCCUUACGACUACACAAAUAUUACUACUGUCGAUGUGAAGAAACAUAUAUAUCAUAUGGCUUGCAAUAAUUAUGACACACAAAUAGCAAUUGUUGAAAACCAAGGUAUUUAUGAAAACAUUGAUGAAUCUAUUGUACGAAUAUAUGAUGUGGGAAGAUCUCGAACGGAAGAUGAAACUAUGGAAGAAGAAGACGAAGAAGAAGUCGAAAGUGAAGGAUCAGGAUCUGACGAUGGAGAUAUGUCACUGUUACCGUCAUUUAUUCAAGAUUUAAUGGAUAAUAGAAGUGUAUUGGACGAAGAGGAUGAUGAUGACGAUGAUGACGAAGACGAUGAUGAUCGGGAUGAACGCGCUUCAUUGCAGUACAGCGACAUUGAUAGCUCUAGUUCAGAUUACUCCAGAACGUCAUAUGCUAGUUCAUCCAGUGAUGUUGCCUACUCACCAGCUCCAGAUAUGUCCUAAGAUAUAUAGUGAAAUAUCUAAUUGAUUUUUCGAAAUACCUUAAUAUUGUUGUUUUUAUUAUGAAGUUUUAUACGACUUGCUUAUAAAUAUUUUACUUAUAACAUUUGUGUUUGCCACUAUAAAAACACAUGAUAAUUCAGUGAUAUGAUUUCAA